UAGUUUGGCUAAAAACGGCUCAUGACACUUCUUCUCUCUGGUUCAAUAGUGACGAGCAUGAUAUAAACAGUUGGGAACGAAUCAAACCGUUAACGGUUUUUGCCAUCGUGACGUUACCGAGGAAACACUUGAACGAGAUCCCGCCGGAUGCGUGCGGUCGGGUUCGAUACGACUCUUCGUUCUUGCGACACGAUUCACGACAACUGGUUGUACAUUUCGCGUAUUGAGUGAACUCGCAAAAUUUGUGGUUACCGGCGUCGGUCGGCGCCACGGACGAAAUGCCGCGCACUAAGUACACACGCAAGCCCAAAGCCGCGAAUGAUUCGCUGGAUGAGUGCGAUAUAAAGCUAAAGACUUUUGAUCGACACGUACAGAAUAGCAUCUUGAAAUUACAGCAAGAUGCAGAGGUGGACAUCCGAACGUUCAAAACUUUUGUCGACGUGAUGAUCUCGCGCUUGCCGUUGGAGAUACGCCAAAUGACAUUGAAGGAGAUAUUUGCUCUCGAAAGCAAUAGUCAGGAAAACUACAACGAGAUCACCUUGUCGGAAAUGCAACUGCCUACAGGGAUGGCUCCAGGUACUGAAAACGUGACUAAGACAGGUGUCAAGCGUGCCACUGCCAUAUCUGACGACGGUUACGCGACCGAAGGAGGCACCAGCGUUGGUAGUACGUCACGAGUCACCAAAGUACAAGCACCAGGGUCUGCAAUGAAGAGAAUGCGCAGCUCCACUAGGAUAAACAAACUGAAAACCAUCGAAACUAUUCAGAAGACUGUAAAGAAGACUAGAGCAAAGAGUAAGGAUCUGAGUGUGUCUACUGCGAAAACUGAUGUUUUCAAGACACCAGCAAUACCAAAGUCUUCUGCAAAUACUUAUGAUCUUGUCACACCCAAGAUCAAGCCAAACACACCGUUGAAUGUAUUAAGACGUCCACGUCAAGGCGAGAUGGUACUUAGCAUGCAAGGCAGUCCUUUGUUAGUUUCUGCUGUCAUCGAGGAGAAGACUGCCAAUGUUAAUGUACCUCUAUCCGAUGGUAAUAUGAUGUCCUUAUUGCCACAGGAAGGAUUACGUAUCUCACAUAUUCCACCAUUAGAUGAUGAAACGAUGCAUCAGUUGGAGACGCUUAAGAAACAUAUUGAGAAAGUUAUUGCAUUAAAGUAAUAGCGAAUGUUGAUUAUAUUGUAACAUUAUUAUAGUGUAGGUAACUGUAGGUCACUUAAGCUAUUUUUAUACUUUUACAUUUAUAUAUAUUUGUAUUUACUCAAGAUAUAGAAUGACAGAAUGUUUCCUUGUUGCGAUACCGUCAAUAAAUCUCUAUAAUG